AUGACAGUAAACAGAGAGUCAAAUAUUUUACAAUAUUUUGCGACAGUUGCUGCAUGUUUGUCAGCAUUUACUUCGUCAGCCAUGAUUGCUUGGACAAGUCCAACAUUACAAAAAUUAGAAAAAAAUAAUCCAGUUGCUGACGACAAUCCAUUUGGUCAUGCAAUAACAGCUGAUGAAAGUUCUUGGAUUUCAUCACUACCAAUACUGGCUACAGUUUUAGGUUGUUUCUUUUUUGGAUACCUUGCUAAAAGAUGGGGACGUAGAAAAUCUUUGUUGUCUUGUGUUAUACCAUUCUCCAUAAGUUGGAUAUUUGUUGGACUCGCUAAAAGUAUAACAACAUUGUGCAUAGGAAGAAUCAUUGGAGGAUUCGCCAUAGGUGCACCAUUAUCAGUUAUACCAAUGUAUACUGCUGAAAUAAGUGAUAAAUCCAUAAGAGGUACACUCAGUUCAUUUAUGCAAGUUUUUUUAAAUAUUGGCUGGAUAUUUUCAUUCUCAAUUGGGCCAUAUGUGUCUUAUGAUAUUCUUUGGAUGUCAUGUGCUACUUUACCAUUUUUAUUUUUUAUAACGUUUUAUUUAAUGCCCGAGUCACCAUACUAUUUAGCAUCACAAGGUGAACAUGAAAAAAUGAUUCAAGUUUUGAUUAAAUUUCGUGGUAAUAUUGGUAAUGAUUUGGUUAAAGCUGAAGCUGAUGAAAUUAAAGUUAGUAUAGAUUGUGUUCAAGCUGCUGCUAGACUUGAAACAAGUAUUAUGGAUUUAUUCAGAAUACCAAGUAAUUUUAGAGCACUUUGGUACAGUUGUAUAAUGUUUACAUUUCAAAAUUUUUCCGGUGCUAUUGUUGUUUUAAACAAUGCAGAAUCAAUAUUCACUGCAACUGGUGUAAGUAAUACAGUUUCACCAGCAGUUUCUGUAAUAAUAAUUGGAGUUGUUCAACUCGUUUUUUGUUGUAUAACACCAUUGUUUGUUGAUAAUUGGGGAAGAAAAAUGUUGUUAAUUUUAUCAGGUAUUGGUGAAACACUGAGUCUUGCAGCACUUGGAUUAUAUUUUUAUUUAUCUGAAAAUGCUAAUAAUGGUGAUGGAGAUGUAAGUGGUAUCAGCUGGUUACCAAUCACUUCGAUGAUAUUUUUUUUUGCAACAUUUAGUAUUGGCUGGGGGCCAUUACCAUGGACCGUGAUGAGUGAAAUAUUUGCUUCUGAUAUUAAAACAAAAGCUUUUGGUAUUAUUAUAACCGUAAAUGGGCUUGUAGCAUUUUUAAUACUUAAAUUUUUUCCAACUAUUGUUGUUUACUUUGGCAUGCACAGCGUAUUUUGGCUAUUCGCAAUUAUUUGUUUUAUCGGUAUUUUAUUUACCAUAUUUGUACUUCCUGAAACUAAAGGAAAAAGUUUAAAAGAAAUUCAAAAACAACUUGGUAGUCAUGAUGUUUAA